AUGCGUCAAGAGAGGAAGAAGAAGACAAAGAGGCCAUCUCGUGGUGAACGACUCUGGACAGAGUCACAAGAUCUCAAACUCAUAGAGCUCGUGGAAGCUUAUGGUCUAGAGAGCUGGAAUCUCAUUGCAGAGAAGAUGCAAACAAGAUCAGCUCAGGGUUGCAGAAUGAGAUGGGUGCACGAGCUCGAUCCAAAGCUUAACAAGACAGAAUUCACCAAGGCGGAAGAAGAAUUAAUGAUAACAGCUCAAAAAUUAUAUGGCAACAAAUGGUCGAAGAUUGCUAAGCUCCUAAAUAGAAGAACAGACUAUGCUGUGAGGAUGCAUUUCAACAGAAACGUAUGGAGGCAAACAGAACCUAACAUAACAUUUUCCCCUGCCCCCCUGAAUCCAUAUGCCUACACUGUUCCUGGUAAUGGAAGUUAUGAAGGUAUCGGGAUCAAGAACUACAGCUGUAAUACGCCAAAUGAGGAAGCUACUAACCUCUAUGCUCGCAUGCCAGUGCAACUCUCAGGUCAUCAACAUCACUUCCCUACCUUCCCUGCAGGCUCCUCCUCGGCACUAUUCACACCGCAUGUCUCCAUCUCCCAACCAUCAUCAUCACCAGAAGCGGAGGAUACAAUGAUGAGAAAACCCCCGAAAUUUAUUGAUUUUCUCGGGGUAGGAGAUUCUUGA